AUGAGAAGAUCCACCUUGAAUGCUCAUCAGCCCGACGCGCCGGAUCUGUCCAUACACCGCACGACUGCCGCUCAGCAAUCUGAACGAUCCGUUGCGUAUAUUUCUCUUGGCACGAAUUUUGGUGGUGACUUACGUUUGGGUAUACUUGAAAGUGCUAUUUUGAGUAUUCAGAAGGAUGUUGGUUUGAUAGAUGGGUGUUCUUGUUUGUAUGAGUCACUGCCUGGCUAUGACGUGGUGUCUGGUGGCAAGGAGGUUCACGAUCUUACCUUACCGCUGCAUCUUAACGCAGUUGUGCGAGUAACCACGGAAAUAAAAGACCCUGAGGUUGUCCUUGAUGCUCUGCAAGCCAUAGAACAACAACACGGCAGAGACCGAUCUCCUACUGCUGUGCGACUCCACAGAACCCUUGAUCUUGAUCUUUUAUUCUUUCAAGAUAGAGAGGCAAGGAGCAUACAAGUCAACACAAAGAAACUCACGCUUCCCCACCCUCGGCUUCACCAGCGGAACUUCGUCCUUUUCCCCCUCUGCGACAUUCAACCCGACUUGGUACAUCCCAACGAAGGCAAGACGAUUAAGGAGUUCCUUUUAGCAAGCUUAAGGAAGAGAGAAGAAGCAUUAAGCGCCUCUUCUGAUGAUGCCGGAGCUGUAUAUACUAUCGACGGCAACCUUGCAAUCCCACGCCGUUGCUUUGCACUAAAUGGUCAUCAACUGUGGACAGUUAAAGGAGGCAGUGAGGCUGCUGUAUCGGAUACUCUAAGGUGGAUAAAAGAAGUGAUGAAGAAGUACAGAUUAGAAGAAAGAACAGCAACAAAUGAUUCGCAGCUUCCUGCCUUUGCGGAGGGGCUGCUGGCUCUUAAGAGCUUCCUGUUGCAAGAACCCAAGAGCCCUAGGUUAAUGGGGGUUCUUAAUGUUACUCCUGACUCCUUUAGUGACGGUUUAAAGUAUUACAAUAACGUAGAAGGAGCAGUUAAACAGGCGCAGCAAAUGAUGACGGAUGGCGCGGAGAUCAUUGAUGUGGGAGGAGAAGCAACAAACCCGUUUGUGCAAGGAGAGGUGUCUGUACAGGAGGAAAUACAACGCGUAGUUCCAGUAAUUGAAACAUUAAAAAAGGAAAUCGGGGAAAAUGUUUUUAUUUCUGUUGAUACUAGAAGGAUGCCUGUUGCAGAUGCCGCUAUAGCUGCAGGGGCUGACGUGAUUAAUGACGUCAGCGGAGGAGAGGCCGAUCCUAGCCUCCUCGAUUUUGCUGUAGCUAAGCGAUUUCCUCUUGUUGUCAUGCAUUCAAGAGGAACUCCAAAGUCUAUGGACGGUCUUGCACAAUACGACGACGUCGUAAACGAAGUGGCUGAGUACUUGACCGAUAAGACAAACACUCUAAUUAGAAUGGGUCUUCCUCGGUACGCGUACGCCUGA